CUGAGUGUUAUCGUUAUUUGCAGUAUUACCUGGUGAGUCAUGGUUGUUGGAAUUGAAGUUGGAACCAAGUUUCUCCUGGAUGUAGAGUUCAGAUACAUCCCCCUUGACCUGGAGACUGUUGAUGCCAGAGUUUGCCCCAGACCAGCGAAGAUCCAGUUGGAUGCUGAGUUCCUUAAAAACAAGAAGAUUGUUAUUGUUUCUGUUCCCGGAGCAUUUACUCCCACUUGCUCCAAUUCUCAUAUCCCUGAUAUUUUAAAGCGUUUAAAGGACUUUAAAGAAAAGGGAAUUGAUUUACUCUUGGUUAUUUCCAAUAAUGAUGCUUUUGUUUUAAAUGCUUGGAAGAAAGAUUUGUUUUCUUAUCUCAAUAUCUCACUAAAGGACACUUUGAAAGAUGAUUUCAAACCAAAAGUUUUAUUUGCCAGCGAUCCUAAUACUUCCUUUUCCAAGAAAAUUGGCUAUUGGAAAGACUCUUCUGUUUAUGGAAUGGGCAUUAGAACCUCAAGAUAUGCUAUAGUUAUAGAUAAUGGCGUAGUAACUUAUUCGGAGCAAGAAACCCAAAGUGGUGUUUCUGUUUCUGGUGUUGAUGCUAUUUUGGCAAAGCUAUAAAAUCAAUUCGGUUCAUGGUCUUAGAAUACAUUAGUACUCAUUUCCAUUUUGCUGUAUAUGUCCAAAAUUUUAAUCUUUAGUCAAUUAUACACCUAAAUAAUGCCUUUUAUUAAUAUAUAUUAGUCGUAAUGGGAUCAUGUAAAUUAUAAAGUAGACCCUUUUUUAUUAUUUUGAAACUCAAAAUAUAUUUGAAC